AGAGAUUGGACGAACGGGAGCUGUUUUUACAAUUCAGAAAAAAAAAUUUAUUAACAAGUCAACUGUCUGUAAAAUUGUUUAAAAAUGAUGGAUAAUAAUUAGUGCAAUGCUCUUAGCAUAAAAAUAUUGCUGAGCAUCUUAAAUUUGAGUCAAAUUUGUGUACAAAAAAUUUUGCAACGCCCUUUGUGAAAAAUAAAAAAAAAUAUAUAUAUAUAUAUACCUACCUAAUAAGAGUAGUAUAGUGGCUAAAGAAAAAGAUCCAUUAUUAUAGAAAAAAAAAUAGUAACAAGAAACUAAAAUUCAUUUAAUAAUAAAGUUGAUUAAAGGAAGUGUAUAAUAAAUAUGAUUCGAAUGCAGCUAGAAAAUUAGUAGGAAGUGAAAAGUGAAAAGUAGAAGAGAAGCUUAAAAUCAAAAUUUUAGAUUUAACAUAAAUCUCGACUAUUUGAAAUUGAAAGAAGGGAAAAUUUGCGUAGUGAUAAGCAUGAUGCAAAUGGAAAAACCAAUAAUUGUUAAUCUUCUCCACUCUAUUCCACACAUUAACGUGUCACUUCAUUUUGUUAACAGUACAUUUGAUCUUAACAGUCCAGUAUAUCGUGAGAGUCUUACAAUUCUUGCAACGAUCCCAGCUGCAGUUUUAAUAUGCUCACUAUUUCUUCUGUUGCUCUAUUUGAUGACAAGAUGUUGUGAUCGUAAAUCGAAAAAGCAGAGAACAUUCGGAUGCCAAAAGUGCACGUUAAUCUUUCUAACGAUAUUAUGUUGUGGUGCGAUCGGUGGAGGACUUUAUGGAAAUGAUGAUUUGCAUAAUGGACUAGUCCAAGUUUUUAACGCAGGCAAACAACUCAAUAGACUCUUUAUUAACGUUCGAAAUCAGACAUUUUAUUUAUCAAAGUCAUUAAAGGAUCGUGCUUCCUCUCUCGAAAUUGACGAUCUAUGGGACAUUCCUGUUUCAAAUCAAUCUGCUCUUUCCUACAUGAUUGAUACUGCUCAACUUGUGACGAAAAAUACAACAGAAGCUUUGAGCGGAAUUGAUGCUGCACUCUACUUUAUUGAACCAUCUAAAUCGGAUCAGUUGUUAAAGUCGCUCAUUGAUGAAUAUGAAUUUUAUGAACUCUUACGAUGGCCAAUUACUCUCGGAUUCUUGACAUUUUUGCUUUUCUUAUGUACCGUCCUUGUAAUUGGUGUUGCACGAAGUUCGCGAUGUUUAUUGAUAUUCUUCAGUGUUCUUGGACUUUUCACUGUUGCUAUUUGUUGGUUAUUAUCCGGUGUAUACUUGGCUACGUCAGUCGCAGCUGCUGAUUUUUGCGUUUCCCCAUAUCAACACAUUUGCAGUCAACAACGUCUACAAUAUAUUUAUCAAUCAAAUUGUGGAGCAUCCGGAACAAAUCAUUUUGUUAUUCGAUUGAGUAACUCCAAAGAAAACAUUGAAAUGGCCAAGAGAUCAUUGUACCAAUUGGAAGAUAUGGGUCGAAGACUUUUCCCUACACACAAUAUUCCUGGUCGUGUUGCUCACAUUCAUACAAUAUUAGAUAAUAGUGCCAACGUUUUAUCAAAUCUUACAGAUAUGCUUGAUAGCCAUGCAAUAAACAUGCAUUACAAUAGUGCAACCAGAAGCUUUUGUCAUGGUGGAUUAUUUGGUUUAGCUUUAAUGAUGAUUGCUACCAUAGCCACUGCAUUUUUGUUAACAAUUCUUGUUUGUGUCGAUUCACAUACUUGGAUUUAUUUAACUAAGAAACGUCCAUAUGAAGAUAAAGCAGAGACAGCACCACUUUUUCCUCCAUCAACAUCAAUGUCUCCGACUGCUCCUGUAACAACUAGUGGCACAGCCACAAUCAAUCGCACUCUAUUGCAUACUCAGCAAUUUACUGCACAUACUGUUCAUAGUGCGCAUAAUGCUCACCCAAGGAAUGGAAAUCCAAGAGGAAUAUCAUCUGGGCAUCAAACAUUGGGAAGAUUACCAUCUCAUUCGGCUCAUAUGACUGGUCCAAAUAAUGGAAAAUACGCAACUUUAAAAAUUUCAGAAGAUAAAGAUAAAGAUCCACGAGAUGUUUCCGCAAACAGUUUUAACCGAUUUGAUCCAAAAUAUGUUAGCAUUGGUCCCAAAAAUAUAAAAACAAAUUUAACUACAAACAAAUGUGCAACUCUUAAACAUAGUGGUAGAUUUGGCGGUUCUUUAAGUCCAAAUCCAAAAAAUAUUGCCCAACCAACUGUUCAGCAGCCAGCUCCUCAACAACAUCCUCAACAACAUCAUCAGCAACAGCAACAGCAGAUAAUUCAACCCCAACAGCAUAUUCAGUUACAACAGCACCACUUACAAAAACCAAAUAAUCAGCAGCUAGAACUUCAAACCUAUCAAUUACAGCAUCAAAACUUCCAUCAACAAACUUUGCAAAGCUAUAACAUUUCAACAGUUUCACGUGAUUACACUCAACAAUUUCCUUCAGCAUCAUUACCUUACAAAAAACCAGGUACCGGAUUUGUGGAAACUUCGAGCAUUUUAAAGAAACAUCGUGAAGAGAUUAUUGAAAUGGCCAAGCCGUCUGUAUUUAGUAUCGAAUCAACGCAUAGACAACAUGAACCGCACACUCAAACGAAACCAGUUUCUAUAAUUAAUCAGCCGUUACCCGAAAUUCCUAUUCAACAAUCGUCAAAAAGUCCCCAAGUUUUAUGUGCUUCUAAUUUGAGCAAUUAUCCUACCAAUUAUCGUUCAUUACAACGUCCUCAAAAUACAAAAGCACAUUUUACUACUGGGACUACUCAGAGAAAUAAAGACUCUCGUCAAGGAGUUUCUGGUAAAGCUAUUCCACCAAUACUGCCACCAAAAAAUCGUAAUCAACGAGCUCAGCAACCACUGCCAGCAAUACCUAUACAGAGCUACAAUCAUCAACAGCAACAAUAUCCGCAAAGAGGUUACGAACGUGAGAGAACUAGAGAUCGCGAUAGAACAGGACGUUCAUAUGAUGAUUCACAACAAUUUAAAAGCUCUAAGCUUUUGCAACAGCAGCAAUUAUUACAGCAGCAAAAUUUUCAAACACUGCCUCACCAUCAUCAUUAUCCACAAACAACAACAACAUUCUCAAGUGGUUCAAAUACAGGUAUUAAGAAUAAUCGCAAAUCGCGAGGAUCUCGCGAGCUAUUGCAGCAACCAUUCGAGAAUUAUUCUGCUACUGAGCUAUAACUAUUAAAGAUUCUUCUGUCUUAUAUGUACAAUUUUGAUACUGAAUAGCAAAGGCUUCGGCGCGAAAGGCGCAACCAUACUAGCAGCAUUAAGCAUAGUACCCAUCACAAAUCUAGACAUAAACGUUAUAAAAUACUUCAAUGAUCUCAAUUUAAAAAAUUUUCCUCUCCUUAUUCGACGGUUAAAAAGAGAAAUUUUAAUAAUAGAAAUUUGAAAAGAUUCAGUAGUAACGGAUAUGUAGAUAGAAUGCAAUCUGGACAUUAUUCGAAAAUAUAUAAAUAGUAUACUCUCAAUUAAUAUCCAGAA